AUGGAUGCAGAGGAUCUGUUGCCCUCACAGACCCAGUCAGAUGGUUGCACCAUCUCCGGGAGUGAUAGGAAUUAUAGGCGAAAACACUUGCAGAUUCUUCUGCCCACCAUGCUGUGCACAGCAGAUACCAUGCAGUGUUCCUUGAAUGAUCCCCUCCCAGCUCCACAUGAGUGGUACGAGCAAGGUAGAAUUCUCAUUGGUGGGAUUUCUUCUCAGUUCAAUUAUGUUUUCAAUGAAGUUUUGUUUGAGGAGCAACCUUCUCAGAAGCAGUUUGGUGUUCCAGAUAUGAUAACAAAAUUCUACCAGCACGUCUUGGCCUUGGCGUUUGCUGUGAAUGAGAUCAAUAGGGAUCCCGAGCUCUUGCCCAAUAUCACACUCGGAUUCCACAUCCAUGACAGCUAUUAUGAUGCACAGAUGACCUAUCGGACCACUCUGGACCUGCUCUUCAAAUCACACCGAUUUAUCCCCAACUACAAAUGUGACACCCAUAAAAACCUGAUAGCCAUCAUUGGAGGGCUUGGCUUUGAUACCUCUGUCAAUAUGGAAGACAUUUUAGGGUACUACAAAAUACCACAGCUCAUAUAUGGCUCAAUUGCCCCAGAGGAAAGAGACACAAUACAGAAAAAAGCCUUUUACCGAAUGGUCCCAAAUGAACACAGUCAAUACCUUGGAAUUAUCUACUUACUUCAGCAUUUUGGAUGGACGUGGGUCGGGAUCUUUGUGGUUGUCAUUGACAGUGGAGAGCGUUUCUUGGAGGCAAUGGAGACUUUGCUUUCUCAAAAUGGAAUCUGUUCAGCCUUCACCCAAAGAAUCCCACAACAAAUCCGUAUCGAUGACUUGGAUGAAUUUACUGACAUAGUCUCAGAAAUAUAUCUGAUUGUCACAUCUACUGAAGCCAAUGCAUUUAUCGUCUAUGGAGAAUCAUUCACAAUUUCAAGGCUAAUAAUAGUUAAGUUCAUAAUAGAUUCUGGAAAUGAGGCAAAUACUUCCUUUGGAAAGGUGUGGAUUGUGACAACCCAGAGUGAUUUCGUAUUAAAAGGCUUUCAGAGAGGCUGGGGUCUUCAGUUGUUUCAAGGCGCCAUUUCCUUUACAAUUCAUUCAAAGGAAUGUCUGGGAUUCCGAGAAUUUAUUCAGAACAUCAAACCUCACUGGACACAAGGAAACAGCUUCCUCAAGGACUUCUGGGAGCAAGCAUUUGACUGUUUUUCCCCAAGACCUGGGAUUCCUGUAAUGGUAAAUGAAACAUGUACUGGAGAAGAGAACCUAGAGAGUCUUCCCACACCUCAGUUUGAACUGGGCAUGACUGGCCACAGCUACAGUAUCUAUAAUGCUGUCUAUGCAGUGGCUCAUACUUUACAUGCCAUGAUGUCAAGUAGAACCCACCGCAGAGUAAUGUUUGGGGGUAAAACAGCUGCUCUUCAAGACUUGCAGCCUUGGCAGCUCCAUCCAUUUCUUCAUCGCAUUUCGUUUAAUAACUCAGCUGGAGAAUCAGUGUCCUUCAAUGAUAACAGGGAAGUAGAAGGUGGAUUUGACAUCAUUAACUUGGUCACUUUCCCCAAUAACUCCUUCAGCAGAGUGAAAAUUGGAAGGAUGGAUCCCAAUGCCCCAGAAGGAAAAGAAUUCAUGAUUGAUGGGCAUAUGAUUGCAUGGCCCAGUGGAUUCAACCAGGUCCUUCCAAUUUCUUUGUGUAAUGAACCCUGCUUCACUGGUCAUCAGAAGAGAAACAAGGAAGGAGAAAAGUUUUGCUGUUAUGAUUGUGUUCCCUGUGCUGAAGGGAAGAUUUCAAAUCAAACUGAUAUAAAUGACUGUUUCCCAUGUCCAGAAGAUCAGUAUCCAAACUGGAAUAGAAAUGAAUGCAUCCCCAAAACUAUACAUUUUCUGUCUCAUGAAGAACCUUUAGGGGUCUGCUUAAUCACAGUUGCUCUUUCAUUUUCUCUGAUCACAGCCUUGGUGCUCGGCAUUUUUCUAAUGCACAGUGAUACACCCAUAGUGAAAGCCAACAACCAGAACCUCACCUACACUCUCCUCAUCUCUCUCCUGCUUAGCUUCUUCUCCACUUUACUGUUCCUGGGCAAGCCUGGGGAACUGACCUGCCUUCUCCGACAACCAACAUUUGGCUUUGUUUUUUCAGUGGCUAUUUCUUGUGUUCUGGCAAAAACCACUACAGUUUUUCUUGCAUUCAGAGCCACAAAACCUGGAUCUAGACUGAAGAACUGGGUAGGGAAAACAAUGGCUCAUUCCAUUGUCCUCUCAUGCUCCCUUAUUCAAGCAAGCCUUUGCACAGUGUGGUUGGCAACCUCUCCCCCAUUCCCUGAUUUUGACAUGCACUCAGAAACUGAAGAAAUCAUUGUGCAAUGCAAUGAAGGGUCAAUCACUAUGUUUUACUUUGUCCUGAGCUACAUGGGCCUCUUGGCCUUUGCCAGCUUCACUGUGGCCUUCCUAGCCCGUAAGUUGCCUGAUAGUUUUAAUGAAGCCAAGUUUAUUACAUUCAGCAUGGUGGUCUUUUGCAGUGUGUGGGUCUCGUUUGUUCCAUCCUAUCUGAGCACAAGAGGGAAACACAUGGUGGCUGUGGAGAUCUUCUCCAUCUUGUCCUCUGCUGCUGGAUUACUGGCUUGUAUCUUUUCCCCUAAAUGCUACAUAAUUAUGCUUAGGCCAGAGCUGAACAGUAGGGAACAACUCUUAAGGAGAAAGGAUUAA